GUUGAAUUAAAUGAUUAAAAAAGAAAAAAAGAAACGCAUUAAAACUUAAUUAAGACCAAGUAUGUAGUCCGUUUUAUAUCUUUUUUCAACAGAAAGAGUUACCUCCCCUCCACUUUCAACUAACAUCAUUGUUUCCUAUUAGAAAGUUUUAUAUAUGGGAUCCUCUUGAUAGUCUUUUAUGAAAUAUAGGUCAAAUCUUUUCGGACACCCUGUAUAUCUAGGUAUCUAUAUACUCGAGUUCCUUUAAGCGUGCAAAUGCACACAGAAGAAGAAGAAGUAGAAGCAGAAGAAAAAGAAGAAGAAGAAGAAUAGGAAGGAUAAUACACAGUCUUGAGUGUUGCUCCUUCUUCUAUAAGACAAUGAUACAGUUAGACGAUCCUCUCAGUAGUGAGUCAAUCGUAAGAGGCACGAGUUUAGUUCUGUUUUAUUCACGAAAGUAUAAUGAACCGCGGUGAGGCGAUGAUAAUUACGGCGGACCCGUUAAUUAAGCUACCUCGUCAUCCUCGGUGAACGUGUCGUAUUAGAUAGAAAGAGAGAGAGAGAGAGAGAGAGAGAGUGAGAGAGAAAGAGAGAGAGAGAGAGAGAGAGAAAGUAAGAGAAAGAGAGAGAGAGAGAGAGAGAGGAGUUUGCGGCAAAGGUGACGAAUUCUCUAUUCGAUCGUAUCGUCUUAUUUAGUUCUUUGCUCCCGAAGCAGAUCGAUCGAUUCUACUGGUCAAAGUUUUCAAUUCUACUUUUAGAUUUGAUCGAAUAAUAAUAUUAUUUUACGAAGAUAUCAACGAAGAGUUUUUCUCUCCGUUAAAAAAUGUGGGGACAAGGGAGAAGGAUCGAACGUGAAUUUUUGUUAAUUGCAUUACAAUUUUUUGGAUCAAUAUGUACGUCCAAACUUCAGGAUCUUACGAUCGACAAUCAAUUGGUGAUCGUUGCGAACGAUUGUUAUACCAGAGUAUCCAUUGGCACGAAAUUACCAGAUAAAGAUAUUUUCUUUACUAUUAAAGUGAACACUAUUUCUGAUUGCGAAGAGGAAUGUUCGAAAAGACGAAGUUCUUGCGUUGCGUUUGGCUACGGAAUUAGCCCAAAAGGAAACACAAGUUGUGAAUUGAGUUCAAAAAUGCCAAAUCCAGAAGAUCUGCAAACGAAUUCGGAUUACGAUGUUUAUUUGCGUACAGAACGUUUACCAAAUUGUGAACCUGAUCGACUUUAUAAAACUGGAAAUAGCGGAAAUCAAAAAUCGAUGAAUAAUACAAGAACGAAUUCUAGAUUUUCUGGUGGUCUCUUUGGAUCGUUUUUGCCAAAUAUUUAUCAACCUAACAGAUCUGAAAAUAAUGGGAAAAGACAAAACACGAGUCAACAAUCGUAUUUAUCAUCAUUCGAUGACGAACAACGUAUCAUAGACAUCAUUAGAAACAAGAAUUAUGGUUCAAGACCGAAAAUUCCAAUUAACGAUCAAAAAUAUCCAACUUUUGGUAUAAAUAAUGAAUCUAAAUUACCGACUGAUAAAAAGCCACAAUUUUUGGGUAACAAUUUCGGUGAGAAAAUUUCUUUCGAAAAAGGAUACGAAGAUAUAUUUCAUUUUGAUAGACCAAUUAUCACAAAGGAUGACGUAUAUCGUCCAGUGACAUUGAUUUAUCGUCCGGCUUAUGAUAACGUUUGGCAAAACAAAGAUUUUCAAAAUUAUGGAAAUAAACCGAUAAAUGAAAUUUAUUCGAAACCAGUAACUAAUAUUUACGAGGAAUGCAAGAAAACUUUGUCAAAUUUCCCGAAUGAUAAUAACAAAAAGGAUUCUUAUAAAACCGACAAGGACAAUGGCAUGAUCGUUAAGAAUUAUCAGACAUAUCGUACGACCACAGUUAUACCUAUGAAUGAACAUAAUUAUCAAGUACCUGUUAGAUGGAAACCUAUUCAAAAUGGAAUAACUCAACAAUUUCGACGUAAUCAAACACGUCCUUUCGUCAUUAAUUCGAACGAAGACGUUCCCAUGGGUACGAACGAUUAUCAAAAUUUUAUGAACGAUUAUAACAAGAAAUUUCAUGUUCCAAUUAACGAAGAAAAUAAGUCGUGUUACCGAAGACUUUUAACUGGCAAAAAAACGGUGCAAGUUUAUGUAAGAAGAGCGAUCGAGUGUCAGAGAUUAGAUGAGUGUCAUCGUGCCUGUGAUUACGAAAAAUAUUUCGUUUGCGAAGGCUUCAAUUACAGACGAAUGGGUCCUGGAUCACGUGGUAUGUGCGAGAUGACGUCAGUACCUUAUUCGCGUUUAAACAUUCAUCGAGAUUUCCAAACAGAUCCGCAAUGUGAUUAUUAUGAAAAAGAUCCUGAUUGUCUUCGUGAUACAAUAUCUCAGCCAUCUUGGCCCGGCCCUUAUCCUUCUGGAUCAGGACAUACGUAUAUCCCUGAUCGAAGACCUUCCAGUGAUAUACCAAGACCCAUCAUUCAUCAUGAUCAAAGACCGAUCUAUCAAAAAACUGAUCCAGCAAGACCAAUAGAUUUACCUAGACCACAGAUUGAUAUUAGAUCACAGGUUUAUGGUGGUCCCUACGAGACGCACGGUGAUCCCUUUUUUCAACAAACUCAUUCUCCCCAUGGAAGACCAAUUGACAAUUUCAAUGGCAAUGGUUAUUCUUAUGGGAGACCAUUAUUUCCAAGGCCAAUGUAUCAUGGUCCAAUUGAUAGACCUUAUCUUCCGAAAUAUCCCGACAGAAGAGUCGAUUAUAAUGGUCCUUAUAAUGACAUAGGAACGAACGAGAUCGGACCAUAUUCGUCGGACCGUCGAAAAGAUCCAAAGGAUUGGCAAGUUUAUGGUAAUGGAAUUUAUGGUAGUUCGUACGGAUACGAUACGAAUUACGUCGGUCAUUUCGAUAUACCAAAAUAUUAUCCGAAAAAUCCGAUCGAUGUGAAACCAACGAGACCACAAGAGAACGAUCAUUUCUAUGGUGAAUUUUAUAAUUACGGGGGUGCCUUUGGUUACGGUGACAAUUAUAUACCGGCUGAUAGAGAUCAGCUUUAUGGUGGAACGAAGAAGGAACGACGAUGUACCGUGAGAGCUGGUGCUGGAUUUAAACUUGUCAGAGAUGUUAUUAGAAAGACAUAUUUAACACCGAACUUGGAGGAAUGCGAGAGUCUUUGUUUGAACGAGAAUAAUUUUCUUUGCAUGACUUUGGCCUACAGAUACAACGUCGCGGCUACCGAUCCUACGGACAAUUGUCUACUCACCGAGAUCUCUUACAGGGAUUUAAAUUUUUACACGGACAUAGAACCCAAUCGUGAUUAUGAUAUUUACGCUAUAAUCGGCGAUCCAAAGACUUGCGAUAUGAUGGCCCAACGACAUCAUCAUUAUCAGAAUCAUCAUCAUCAGAAUCAUCAUCAUCAGAAUCGUCAUCCACCCGAUGAAUGCUUCUGGAGAGUAAGAAGUGGCUUCGGUAUGCCAUCAGAUGUUAUAAGGAAAUCAAUUUUUGUCGAUGACCUUGGCGAAUGUCAAGUCGAAUGUACAGUCUCACGAGAAUUCACCUGUCGAAGUUUCGCUUUUAGAUACGGAUUGGGAGGACUUCCACAACGAAAUCCCUCAAUGAAUUGUCAUCUAAGCGAUUGGCCAACUCAAGAAAUCAAUCCAACAACAAUGCCCGACAUGGACGGAGCCGAAAUAUACGAACGAGGUAGUUUUGGACGAGGUUGCGAGCCUUAUCCCUUUCCACCAUUUAAAAUCGGUGGACAAAGCAAAUUUCCACGUGGAGAAGAUGUAUGCUAUUCCAGUUAUCACAAACCGUGUAGAUUGACACCGUAUUCAGUGAUGUUGGCGAUAAACGUUGAUUCCGAAUCUGAAUGUCGUGAAAAGUGUUCGAAAAUGCGACAAAAAGAUCCAAUACCAUGCAUGUCCUUCAGUUACAAAAUUCGAGCUGAUAGGGACGAUCAAAAUUGUCUUUUGAGCGACGUAUCGAUAAGAGAUUUAAGACCAGGAUUGGAUUAUGCCUACGAUGAUGAUCACGUUCUUUACGCUUGGAAGGACCUUGAACCACAAUGCAUGAUCACAGGAUAUUCCAUAGAUGAUAAUCAUGUUUUUGGUAAUCAAGGAAAUGGUAAUGGUAAACCACUUUUACCUUCGCCAACAGCUAGACCUGAUUUAGGCCCUGGCUCUGAUCAAUCCGAUGGGAUUUAUAUUCCGGAUCCUAGACCAUUUUAUGGGCAUGAUAUAUCUAGACCAUUUAACAGUGUUUAUCAGCAUGGAUUACGACCAUACGAUCCCGAUAGACCUGAUCCACCAGUUAGACCAACAGAUGAUCGUCCUUAUAGACCACAUGGUGGUCAUGGCGAUUAUGAAGGUGAUUACGGAUAUAUGGAGCAUAAUAAUUUUCAUGGCUCAAAUGGUCAAGACGAUACUUUCCCACCAUCACCAGAUUUUGCAACCUUUCAACAUUACACGGUAAACGGUUACCCAUGUAAAAGAGAUACGAAAUGCGAGAGGAACGAUGUAGCUGGUUUUUGGUCAUGCGAAACGGAAGGAGGAGAAGUUGGUAGUUGGGAUUACUGUUGCGAACCUAACCAUCAUUGUGGUUACUCUCAAGGAUUUCAUUAUCCAUGGUGUUACGUGGGUUUGUCCGACGAUCAAUGGAGACCGUGCAGCGAGAAAUAUUAUCCUUAUUUACCAAGUCCACGACCGAUUCAACAGGACGUCUAUCAUAAUCAUCAUCAUCAUCAUCAUUAUGGCGAUUACAAUGGUGAUGAUCACGGGGAUCGUAACGAUAUAAAUUAUUAUUCUAGACAUUGGCCUGUGACAUACCUUCAUAGAGAACCACCACCAAAUUGUACGGACUCCUUGGCAUCUGCAAAUGAUAAAAAAGAUCAUCUUUUUAACGGAUCGUCGAUCGUACGAUCGAAUAAUGAUAAUUCACAAAAUGGCGAUCGUACCGUGAGAUUUCAAAAUCAUGAUGCUAGAAGACGUCUAGUAUCUCGUACCGCCGACAUAAGGAAUAAGAAUCGUUACGAUGAUAAAGAACACAAUGGUCAACUCUUCUUCACGAUGGAAAAAAUUGGUACAAAACGAUUCACCACUGACGACGACACAGAACGUAAUGCCGGAAACAUUGAAAGAACGUUUAAACUUAACUCGAGCCUAGCGCGUUUUAAUUCAACGGCGAUCGAAGCGCCAUUCGUCACGAAACAACGUGGACGCAAUCACUCGGAAUGGUCGAUAAAAAUGGUCACACCUUUGCCACCGUCGGUAAUAACAAAUAAUGAACGAUAUAAAGAAUUUUCUGCUCUUAAAUCGUCGAAUAAUUUCACAUCGAUUUUUUCUGGUACUAAUGAAUCUAACAUUUCCGAACUGAUAGGAACUACUCAUGGUUUCAUUGUUAAAGUGAAUUGACAUUUUUGCAUACACGUACAUAUAUAUAUAUAUAUAUAUAUAUGCACAUGUAUGCAAAAUUUGUGGUUAUAUUAAAUUUCCACAGGCAGAUAUUUUGUAAUGUUUUUGUGAAAUAACUUCUACUUGCCUUCGAUAUCUUUGCAUUUAUAUGUAUAAUAUCCGAUCACUAACUUUAUUCACUUUUUUGUUCAUUAAGAAAAUGAAUAUUAUUUUAAUACGAUCGACAUGAUAUAUAUAUAUACAUAUUUUUUAUUAUUAUUUGCUUUAAUUUACAAAAAUUAAAAUGUCUUAAGUUUAUAUACAUUAAGGAUGAUUCUCAUUGUACUUUUGUGUUUACUAAUAAAAAAAAAAGAAAAAAAAAAAAAAAAUA